CAAGACUUCUUUCUUGGGUCAGAGUCUCAGAUCCUCAAACAUGAACAAGAGAAUGCCACUUUUGCCUUAUGUAAAGGCCUCUGAAGCUGCAUCAGAAGUGGCAUCUGACACAGAUUCUUUAACCAAGUCUGAACAUAGUUCAUCAACUGGGGAGAAUGUACAGAAAUCAGCCUUUCCUAAUGGAUUUGAGAGGUUGAUCUUGGAAUUAUGUGAUGAAACCACAGUCGCUGAGCUAAAAUUAAAGAUUGGAGGCUUUGAGAUGUAUGUGCGGAGGGACAUAUCUUCUUCAAUUGCUCAAAUUCCCACUAUUCCUCCAAAUGCCCUGCCUAUUCAAGCACCGCCAAUUCCAAGCAAACCAAUGUCUGAAUUAGGUCCUCUUGCACCACCAGCUGUGCCACAGAAACCGCCCCGUACACCUUCAAGUCCAUUCAUAAAUGUCCCAUCUGCAAAAGAUGCAAAGUUGGCUGCAUUGGAGGACUCUGGAGCGAAAACAUAUGUUAUAGUCGCUUCUCCUACAGUUGGUUCUUUCCAGAGGGCAAGGACAUUGAAAGGGAAAAGGCAACCUCCAAGCUGUAAAGAGGGAGAUAUGAUCAAAGAAGGGCAGGUCAUUGGCUACUUGAUCAGUUUGGCAAACGAAUUACCAAUCAGAGUAAGUCGCUUUUCCUUUUAA